CUGCUUGCUGUGAGGCGGAGCGAAAGGACAGAUUUUCUUCUUGUUCCCGCCCCUCUUCUUUCCCCACCUGCCACGUACUGGGCCCGAGCUCUCGCUAGGCUUGGUGGGUCCGUGCGAUUGGCCGGGGCCCGCGCGAGCCUGCCAGCGAGGUGCGGCGGCCCCGGAGGGCAGUCGAGUGGGCCGGGACCGCAGCCUGCCCCCAACGCCCCAGAGCCCAGCGGCGGCGGCCUCGCGCAGGGGCGGCAGUGGCAGUCUCAGCAAACCGUCUUUCUGUAGAGUUAUAAUACAUACAGAGCAUCCUGGAGUCCACCAUGAAUGGACAAUUGGAUCUGAGUGGGAAGCUAAUCAUCAAAGCUCAGCUUGGAGAGGAUAUUCGACGAAUUCCCAUUCAUAAUGAAGAUAUUACUUAUGAUGAAUUAGUGCUAAUGAUGCAGCGAGUCUUCAGAGGAAAACUGCUGAGUAAUGAUGAAGUUACAAUAAAGUAUAAAGAUGAAGAUGGAGAUCUUAUAACAAUUUUUGAUAGUUCUGACCUUUCCUUUGCAAUUCAGUGUAGUAGGAUACUGAAACUGACAUUAUUUGUUAAUGGCCAACCAAGACCCCUUGAAUCAAGUCAGGUGAAAUACCUCCGUCGAGAACUGAUAGAACUUCGCAAUAAAGUGAAUCGCUUAUUGGAUAGCUUGGAACCGCCUGGAGAGCCAGGACCGUCCACCAACAUUCCUGAAAAUGAUACUGUGGAUGGUAGGGAAGAAAAGCCUGCUGCUUCUGACUCUUCUGGAAAACAGUCUACUCAGGUUAUGGCAGCUUUUGAUCCUUUAAAAAACCAAGAUGAAAUCAAUAAAAAUGUCAUGUCAGCGUUUGGCUUAACAGAUGAUCAGGUUUCAGGGCCACCCAGUGCUCCUGCAGAAGACCGUUCAGGAACUCCCGACAGCAUUGCUUCCUCCUCUUCCGCAGCUCACCCGCCAGGAGUUCAGCCACAGCAGCCACCAUAUACAGGAGCUCAGACUCAAGCAGGUCAGAGUGAAGGUCAGAUGUACCAGCAGUACCCACAGCAGGCGGGCUACGGCACCCAGCAGCCGCCGGCGCCGGCACAGCCGUACGGUGUCCAGUAUUCAGGCUAUAGUCAGCAGACUGGACCCCAACAACCUCAGCAGUUCCAGGGAUACGGCCAGCAGCCAACUUCGCAGGCACCGGCUCCUGCCUUUUCCGGUCAGCCGCAGCAGAUGCCUGCUCACCCGCCACAGCAGUACCAGGCGAGCAGUUACCCGCCACAGACUUACAGUGCCCAGACUUCUCAGCCUGCUAAUUAUACCGUGGCCCCUGCCACACAGCCCGGAAUGGCUCCAAGCCAGCCUGGGGCCUAUCAACCAAGACCAGGUUUUACUCCACCUCCUGGAAGUACCAUGACCCCUCUUCCAAGUGGGCCUAACCCUUAUGCGCGUAACCGGCCUCCCUUUGGUCAGGGCUAUACCCAGCCUGGACCAGGGUAUCGGUAAAGAGGCUCAGUUACACUGAUGAAUGUAGCUGCCAGCUGUUUGCCUCCCAAAAGACUCCAGUGCUGCAAUUUUAAUUUGUAUUGAAGUUCAGAAAUUUAAAAAGCAUUUUUUUAUGAUGUUGCUGUUAAUUGAAAGUAUAAUUUGCUGGGAAAAAAAAAAGACCAAAAUGAAAGUUUUUUUCCUCCCCUGCUUAAAAGUGUAGCAGCUUCCUAGUUAUUUUGGAACACUACUCUUACAUGUGUGUCAAGUGAUUGACUUUCUCGCUUGCCUUGUCCAGAGGAUACUAAAACGCUAGGUUGAAGUUUAGCCAUCUUACUUGGCUUUUUACUAUUAACAUGAUGUACUAAAGUAGAUUCGUUUGAGAAGACUAGAUAUUAUGUAUAAAAUGUAACAUUGAUGAUUGAUAGGUUAAUAAAAGUGAUUGAUUGAA